ACGAGGGCAGAGUCGCAGAGAAGACCCAACAGCUCGAUAAAGGAGAGAGGGAGAGGGAGAGGGAGAGAGAGAGAGAGAGAUCAAGGGAUUGAUGGAGGGGCGAGGACAGCACGAGGAGGACGAGGAGCGGCGCCACCUCGGGGGAUCGGGUCUCAUCCUCCGGCGCGACGCCGCCGGAAGUGGCGGUGGAGGAGGUGGAGGGGGGGAUAGCGACCCCAGCUCGCACCAAUGGCCGACGGUGGACGGCCCCCUGGGCCUCUCGGAGGAGGAAUCGGUCGCCUACGCCCGUAGAUUCUUCCUGUGGGGCUUCGCCCUCCUUCCCCUCCUUUGGGCGGUCAACUGCUUCUACUUCUGGCCCGUCCUCCGGAGCCGUCCCUCCUCAUCGCCGUCUUCCUUCUCUCGCAUUCGCCCUUAUGUUCUGCGUUCAGCAAUAGGUUUUCUGGUCUUUGCCGUGCUCCUUUCUUCGUGGGUCCUCAUAUUUUUGAUAGGAGGUGAGCACCUCUUCGGCCCGGUCUGGCAGGAUCUUGUCAUGUACAAUCUUGCAGACAGGUUAGGUCUGGCAGGCUGGGUGUAAUUGUUUCAGCAAAGUGGUUUUACCUUUCUGUUUUCAACCCAACUUGUAUCUGCAAAUCGUAGCAGGGAGCACAAGGUGGUGCUCACACAUUGUAGCUUUGUAACCCUGUUUUGAUCUAUGCACCACAUGAUAAUAUUUUUGUUGGGGGACAUUCCUACACCUCUUUCAGACGAUUAGAAUUUGCAUGGUUUGUUAUUGUCUAUAAUUUAAUGGCAUUUGUUGGCUGUUUGAAAUGCUUAA